AUGACGGAGGAGAUCCUUCGAGACCUCAUAGCGGAGGCCGAGUUCCCUGACUCCGUGGAGUUUCGUAUCCCUGGCCAUCUUGAAAGGCCCUACGAUGCUCCGGCUGGGUGGAUGUGCGUUUACGAGUGUAUGUUCACCGAAUUUGGGAUGAACUUCCCUCUGUCUCCUCUAUUUUUGCAAUUUGCGGCUGAUCGUGGCGUUCCUACGAGUCAACUGACCCACGGCGUGGUUCGCCACAUCGUUUUUACCGAGGCCCUGGCUAGAGCCGCCGGAGUUGUAUUCGACCGUCUCUUAUUCGAGCACGUUACUGAUCUCCGGGCUUCGUCGCGAGAGGGAAACUUCAAGCGGUUUCAUACCACGAUGAAGUAUGAUAUUGUUUUCGGGGAUUACCGAAACAAGAUUCAUUGGUGGAAGAAAUAUUUCUUCUUUGUGAAGAUAAACCGAGCCUCAGUCGGGAAGAUCAAAGCUGAUCAGAUUAGGACAGAAUGGGACCGUCCAGGCGAGCGAGACCGAACGCGAACUCAAGGAGAAGUUCAGGCUGCUGAAGGAGCUUCAGCCAUCGAUUCAGCGAAGCCAUCCCGUUCUAAGAAGAAAUCGAUGGGUCUUAGGAAGAGAGCGGCCGUGCCUAUUGACGACGUCGUCGUUGCUUCCGAGCCGGCGCCUAAAAAGAAAAGGGUCGAGUCCCCCAGACUGAGGGAUUCUCCUCCUUCUCCCCUUCGGAGCUCUUCCAUUGCGUCGCGUACGAGGGCUUCGACGAGGAAAGCCUCGACUUCUGUUCCUGAGGGCGUUCCGGAGCAAGUGAUCGAGCUUGACUCUCCUCCUUCCUCGGAUCAUGACGAGUCUUCCCAUCACGAUGAGAGUGCUUCUCAUCACGAUGAUGGUUUGAGGACUCCGGCGCGUGGUGGUUCGCCUUCUAAGGGGGACGAGUUCCUCACCCCUGGUGGCGGCGUUCCCUCCUCUGACCGGCGUGAUCGUGGUGGUUUCGAAGGAGGGGAAUCAUCUCGGCGUCCAGGUGAGAAUGAUGAGGCGGCGUCUCGUCACUCGGAGGCGGGUGGUUUUGCUCCUGGCUCGAACCUCGGUGCUGAGGGUGACGCCGGAAUUCCAAAGGAUGGUCCUGAGGGCUAUAAUCCUCACGCGUUCAAGACGUGGUGGAAUGGCGGGAGUCCUCUUAUGGAGGACCAGGAUGCUUGCGGAGGGGCGACUUGGAUGUCUAAAGUUCAUCCCGGCUUGGGGAUUCCGCGUGAGGAGCUCACCUUUAGGACCGAUUUCGACGAAGCUGCUCAACAUCAUAUUAUGUCUGGCGGGAAGUUCACCGCGUUGGUCCAGAAGUACGAGACGGCGCUUCGGGCAGCUAAGGACGAAGCCUUUGAUAAACUGGUGCUUGAGUCGAAGGUCGCGGCGCUGAACAGGGAGAUAGUGAAGACUCUCGGACUCCAGGAGGUGGCAGACAAGCUGAGGGCUCAAGUGAGUGAUCUGGAGGAGAAGGCGCGUCGGGAUGCAGAGGCUUCUGCUGCUGAGAUGGAGCGUCUCCGACGGUCUCGUCGAGAAUCGGUCGAGGCGGCUGUGACUCAGGUCUUCGACUCGGUGAAUGACUGGUAUGCUCCUCGUCUCCAUCGCUUGUCGGAGUUCGUCGCGCAGCGGGACAUGGUUGAAGCCGCUGUGGGGAGGAGGCAAGUCGACGAAGCUCUCCUCAACUUCGUGAAGAAGAUUCGGGGAGUGGAUCUGAACUUCGACGCGUGGAGGAGAAGCUCGCGGCUAAGCUGGCGAAGAGCAUCGCGGAUGGGGAUGCGAUUGACGAAGUUGUUAUCGAUGAUGAUGACUUCGCUCCGCCUAACAGCCUUAAACGGCUGGUGCUGCCGGGAUCUCCUUCUCGUCGAGAUGGUGAUGGUGCGGAUCCGGCGACGAGCUCUAGAAACUCGAUUUAUGCUUCCGACUUCAAAGCUUCGUGCGGGUGACGAGGUAGCGGUUUUUCGCUCGUCCGACGAACUGAGAGCCGUGCGAGGUGCGUGCUCUCGGCUUAAUGAAUGGGUGAUCAGUCCAUGUUUUUAG